UCGAUACAAAACGUAGCAAUUAGCAAACCAUUCUACUCUAAGAAAGGAAUCCCCUGUUCUACUCAUCUUUAGGCUUCAAAUUCUUCUCAUCUUAUGCGUCUAAUAUUUUCUGGAUUAGAAAGAUUCAAGACAUAAGUUCUCGGUUUCAAAAUCGGAAACUUGUAAGAGACAAAAUGGCGGAGCAAAUCAUAUCAGAAGUUUACCAUGAACGUCAAAGGUUGCAGUUUUGCCUACUCCAUGCCUUAAACAAUCUCUUUCAGGAGAAAGAUGCAUUUAGCAGAGCUGAUUUGGAUAGAAUUGCCGAAGAACUCAUUCUAGAUGAUCCAAUCCAUGUAAAAUGGAACCCUAUUUCUUUUGUGUGCAAGCCUCACCAUAAUUUGAUUACUGGGAAUUAUGAUGUCAAUGUAUUGAUAACUGCCCUUGAAAAAAGGGGUAAGAAUGUAGUUUGGCAUGAUCGUCGAAAUGGGGCCUCUUCGAUUGUUCUUGAUGGAUCAGAAAAUGGGUUGAUGGGGAUUGUGUUGAAUGUUCCAGUUAGAAUGUAUGGUGGGCUUUGGAAGAAUAGGCAUUGGUUUACUUUGAGAAAGAUUAAUGGGGUUUGGUAUAAUUUGGAUAGUGAUUUGAAAGCUCCUGGUGUAUUCAAGAAUGUAGAUGAUGUUAGAAUGUUUUUGGAUGAUGUCAUAAAUGUUGGUGGUGAGAUUUUGCUAGUUAUGAAUGAUAGACAAUAAAACUGACUAUCAGUUGAUUUAAUCAGUUAGUAGAUGAUGUUGAAGUAGAACUAUUGGAAAACUUAGGCAUCGAACUUCAAAAUCUUUGGUAUAAUUGAAUGGGUGCUUGGUGGUUUGUGAGUUCUGUUUGUCCUGGACAUCGAAAAAGGAGUACAGGACGGUUGAUGUUUAUGUACUGUGGUGAUCCUGUUGGUGAAAGAGUUGUUUCAGGGCUGAUUUUUCGGAGUUGGUUGUAGGAGAAGCUAUAAGGAAUGAUGAUUGUCAUAUUUCUGGGUACAAGCUCCAUUGUUGCCAUGCUGGUCAGUGCUUUGUUCUCCCUUUCUUCACUGUUAAUUGUUGAUCUUUUACAUCCUGCAAUGAGAACACAAAUACAAGCUGUUUAGAAUCACAUGAGUCUAUUUGUUAUAAGGUCGAAUGUACUAGUGUAAAUUCAUCCAUAUUUUUAAAGGUUUCUGGUCUUAGUUCAUUAAUACUAUAGGCCUGCCGAUUCGUAUCAGAGAUAUGCCUCAUGGUUGUUUCUGUUGUUUUUCUUGAAUAAAAUAAUGGAAAGAGAAAAUUGAAGUAAUCUUACCUUUCUCUUUUGUAGGACUUUGUUUGAGUUUUUUUUUCUUUGAUUAGCAUGUCAAAUGGAUAAUAGUGCAAAAAUGUUGUAACGGUCAUGAUUGUGGUAACAACACGGGGAUGUAGUUGUCAUGUCGCAAAAUAUCAGCCAAAAUCAUGAGAUCCCGUGAAUCGGCCUAAAAAUACACACCCUAAGUAGUAUCGUUUUUGCAAAUUUAAAAACCUUUCAAACGCACGACAGGAUGUGGCCGACUGAUGUGGCCUUGUUUUUGCGCUAUGAGCAUAUCUUUCCAUAUAUCUUCUAUCUGUCUAAUACUGAGAAAAAGUCCUUGGGAGGAAGGAUCAUACAUCUACAAUUGUUUGUUAAAAGCAAGUUUUGCAUGAUACUUUUCCGUCCAAAUGAAAUUGCUGAAUUUUCUUGUCCUAUAUUUGAGCUUUUAAAAAAUUAUAGCAAUUUCACCGGUACAGAAUAGUGAAACAUAAUUCGCUAGUUAGUUCGCCUUUUGAGUUCGCGAUUCCUCAAAAUGGUUCAAAUAUAGCCUAAAACUGACUAAUUUUUUUUUUCGAUUUGCGAUUCGCGAGGCUAUUAGUGAACUAUGUGACGCUGGUACAUAAUAUUGUAGGCAAAAUGAGAAUGGGGUUGGCUUUUGCAACCUUUAUAUAGAUGCCAAAUUGGCGAUAUAUUAUGACUUCUAAUGGACAUAGGUCACUUGGACCUGUCCCAAUAUAUAAUACGUAAUAAUUUGUCAGUUGUAGUAAAUCCUUAGUCUUGUUCCAUGCUUUUCCUUUCCUUAAUCUACCAGAAAUAGAAGAUAAAGAUAAUUAAUGCAAGUUAGUUAUCCUUUUAAGGAAUAACAUCAAUUUCAAAUUGUUUUCCAUGUAUGCUUGCUUGCUUUCUGCCUUUUGGUGAUUAUUUUCCUAUUGGGUUAACUGCCAGCUAAUACCACUUAAGAUUUACUGAAAAUUUUCAAGGAGUUAAGACUACAAGUAAUUCUUUGUGUAGUUUCAUCUAAGGACUUCAUUCACCUCACCUUUUGCCAUUUAUUUUGAAACUUCUCCCAAUUCAUAUUCCCGCUUCGAUCUCCCUAUAGGAAUUGUUCAGAUGCCAAGGGGUAAUAAUACACAAACGUUUAUUUCGUGUAGGCAUGGGGAAAAAGAAUUGAGUUUUAGGAGGCAAAAUUCAAGUAAAGGAUUUGCUAGUAAGGGGGUCAAAGUUUCAAAGACUGUCAAGUGUGCCUUUUCGUUUGUGCCAUUUUUAAAGCAGUUUGGUAAUGGUGUAAAAAAUGUUUACAGAUUCGUAACCAAAAGAAAGACGUAUUCAUCUAAGAAAUCAUCUUUAGAGCGAAUGAGAUCAGUAGAUUCUGUAGAUGCUCAUUCAAGAGAAGCCAUAGACGAUUGCAUAGAAUAUAUUAAGUCUUGUUCUCCGUCUCCUGCUUCAAAUCAGGGUAAUCCGAGAAGCAGCGUUUAGUUAACUUCAAGUCGGGAUGAUUGCUGGUUUCUUGCUAUUGUAAUGAUACAAAUCUGAGAAAAUGCUAUCAUUGAUUUUUCGCUUUGGUUAUCAGUAAGUUGCUUCUGUCCUUCCCUCACAGAUGUAGUUCUUGUUCUUCCUAACCCCCAUCCCCUAUUAUUUUUCAAUGUAUAAUAAAAUACAAGCAGUAGAAUAAUUCAUUGUGUAAACCAAACUGUAGACUGCCUUCCAACAAAAUUAGAGAUAUCAAAAAUAUCCUUCGAUCAAGUCCAAUUGGUGCGUUUUUCAGUUUAUUUUCAUUCACCAAUGAGUUUACUAUGUGAAAUAGUAUUUACUUGAUUGAGUGCUGAAUCAGGUUGUCCAGUCAGAUACACAUUAGGUCGUUGUGGAUGGUUCGGGUCAAUAGCAAGUUAGCUGUUAUGCUCGAAACUGACUGCGCAUCUGAUCACCUCUCCCGAAUAUAUGCGCACUGAGUUUGAGAUUUUUCUAUAAACAUAUCACAACAGCAAGAACAGUAGCCACUAGCCCAGUACACUCGGUGACAGUCCUCAUUCUGUAUUACCCCAACUCUCACCUUCACAUAGAAUCCUGACUAUCAAUUCUUUGGCUUUUAUCCGUAAACUGAGAUGUAAAUCAGGCUAGUGUAAAGCACCCAUUGAACCACAAACCAAAUCCUAAUCAAGAGCUUCUUUGUUCGACCAACCAUUAUAAGUACCUAGCUUUCGGGGUCUGGAGCAGUCUUAGGCAUAUACGCAGUCUUGGGACAGUUUACUACAGAACCAAAUAAUAUUCAGCAUGAACUGAAAGUUAGCUACAGAAGCAACAAUAGCUAAACCAACAAAAGUCAAGCACUUAAAAUUGUAAAACUAUCCUUCGUUGCAGAAGUUAGGAUAACAAAUUUGCCUAAACUAAAAGGGCAUGUUAGUUCUUUUACUCCUUCCAAACUAUUUGUAGCGCCAUUGUCAUAUGUACUUCACCAUAGUUGCAUAAAUGGGCUGAAAGAUUUUUAGUUCUUUGUUCAUAUUAUAAUGGACUCUAUUAUAACGACUCAAUAAAUCUUGUGCGCUUUUUAUGAAGUUGUAAAUGAAAUUUGCUACUAAUGACAAUAGAAAACAAAACCUUUGUUAUUUCUAACAAGGAUAAUGUCGCUUACAUUUAACCCG